AUGGAAGGAUUGAACAAGUGUGUUGAGGAACUCGGGGAUUGUGUACUCGAUCCUUAUAAGGACAGCAUCACAUCCACUGAUGGCGUUCAGCAAGAGGUUGUACCUGAUGUAGAGGGAACACUGGAGAGUCCCGAAAUGGUCAAAUUCGUUAUCCCAAUAUGGAUGUACAUUAUCACAAUCUUCUGUCUAUCAAUUACUGUUGGAGUUUUGGUUCUACUAGGUUGCCAUCUUAGGAGAACUCGUAUGAAUCGUUUCAUUCAUACCAAUGCCAGUAACCCUAAAUCAGAUAAUGAAAGUGUCCGUACCAACACCAUAGUUUUUCAUCCCGAUAGCAAUGAGAACUAUGAAGUCAACACGAAGAAUGGUAACUACAGCAGACACGAGGAGGAUUACAUGGACAAGGAUAACAGCUCAAUCGAUAGCGUGACUUCUCAAUCUCUUACUUCUUGCUCGAAUGCUAAUGAAACGGAGUAUCAAGUCAACUCUCUUACCAACAGAAGGGAUAGUCCAGCUGGGAUAGUUUAUUGUUCGAGUAAUGACAACAUUUCUCAACCAAUCUCUGAUAAAAGUCCCGAAUUCAAAUCACAAAUAUCUUUUGAUAAGAAAGUGCCGAUCUCGUCAACAAUGCUUUCAACGGAUGAACUUAUGGACGGCACUUCCUCAGAGCAAUCACACCAAGAUCGUAGCAAUAGCAAUUUCAAUUUCUUUUAA